AUGUCUGCCCGGAUCGCGACUCGAUUCUUGACUCUGAAACCGGCCCUCGGAAACAUACCAGCGUGGCCAUACCAGCAAUGCCUACGGUGGGAUAAUAACAGGAGUUCUAGGGGCCUGUUUCUGGGCAAUAGACGGUUAUACCAUGGUACGAGCCUGCGUUAUGGACAGAAAAGUGGUAGCGAGCAUGAUGGAGCUUCCGGGGUUAAGGGGAGGAUAAGGUCAAGAAAGGGGUUCAUACUGGCGGCUACCACUGGCACUCUUGGAGGGACCUUACUCUUCUUCUAUGACGAUGUGAAGCACGCAUACCAAGCAGCAGAGCGGACGGGAAGAGUUGUGGCUGGUUUGCUGAUUUGCAUCAACGAGUUGAGUUCUGAACCGACAGUUUAUGCGGCCUACCGGGUAACACUGAAUAAAGAGACAGAUACGGAGGAGGAAAGAACCGCACUCUUAAACGCAUGCCAUCAGAGAUGCGCCGACCGAACACUAAAGGUCCUUGAAAAGAACGGCUCGAUAUUCAUCAAGCUGGGUCAGCAUCUAAGCAGCUUAGGCUACUUACUACCAUUAGAAUGGACAACCACCUUCAUCCCCCUCCAGGACAAAUGCCCAGUUUCAUCAUUUGAGUCCGUUCAAGAAAUGUUUCUCAAAGAUACGGGCCACACGAUAGACGAAAUCUUCUCUAGUUUUGACCCAAUGCCCAUUGGAGCUGCAUCGUUAGCGCAGGUACAUGUGGCUGUCCUGAGAGAAACAGGCCAGAAAGUUGCUGUCAAGGUGCAACACCCUACCCUUCAGGAGUGGGCUCCCUUGGAUCUGAGCCUUACACGUUUCACCUUUUCGUCUCUAAAGAGAGUCUUUCCGGAAUAUGACCUUGAAUGGCUGGCCAGGGAGAUGGACUUCUCAUUGCCUCAGGAGCUGGAUUUCCAAAUGGAGGCCGAAAAUGCGAGAGUGGCCCGUGAAUACUUUAGCAAAAGGACCACUGCACCACUCGUUAUUCCAAAAGUUAUUUGGGCGAAGAAACGCCUUCUGGUAAUGGAGUUCAUAUCGGGCCAUCGACCAGAUGACCUUGAGUUCCUUGACUCAAACAACAUCGACCGUGAUGAGGUAUCAGCUUCGCUAGCUCACAUAUUCAACGAAAUGAUCUUCGGCGAUGGCGCGCCUUUACACUGUGACCCUCACGGAGGAAACAUUGCAAUUUGCAAAAACAACACCAGAAAACGUGGGCCUAACUUCGAUAUCGUCCUAUAUGACCACGGCCUAUACCGAACCAUCCCCAAGGAAAUGCGUAUCAACUACGCCAAACUCUGGCUUGCUGUGAUCAACGCAGAUGAAAAGGAGAUGCGCAAGUACGCAUACGAAGUUGCGGGCGUCACAGACGCCGAAUUCCCUCUGUUUGCAAGCGCCAUUACCGGAAGAGAUUAUACCGUCCUUGCACAGAACCAAGUCGCAUCUUCUCGAUCAUCGGAGGAGAAAGAAUCGAUCACCACUGCGUUGGGAGAUGGGAUGUUACAGGAACUAGUCAGUCUGCUAGGCAAAGUUCCGCGUGUAAUGCUCCUGAUCCUCAAAACAAACGAUCUCACUCGUAACCUUGAUGAGAAUCUGCAUACCCGCCACGGCCCCGUACGGACAUUUCUCAUUCUAGCCAAAUACGCUACCUGCGCUGUCUUCUCGGAGGAAAUGGAGCUUAUCUCUAAGCAAGGAAGCAUAUUCUGGCCACCGAACUUUCUUCGCUUCCUUCAGGCCUGGGUUAGCUACCUUCGCGUUGAGAUAAAGCUAGAGAUCUACGAGAAUUGGCUAUCAUUGCGGAACCGACUUGGUUUAACGAAUCAUUGA